AAACAGCCUCUUCAGCCGCACACUUUUCUCUGAGACACUUUGGACUCUUCGGAUCCGCUCAGAGUGGACUUUUUGCAGUGGCUUCAUGCGUCGGCUCCUCCUGAGGGUCUGAGAUCACAUGAACCUGGACUGAGCAUGGAUCAGAGAGAGACCAGAGAGGACGGAGCCCCUCCCUCUAUAAAAGCUCACAGACCUGCUCCUGGGGCCAGAGGCGUCUCAUUCAAGAGUGAUGACUCUAUGGGACGAUAUGUGGACUUCAAAAGAGAACAUGGUCCAGAGAUCCACCAGAAACAUCCUCCAUCUGAACCUGGUCCCAUCUGUGAGUCCCUCAGGAGUGACUGGUCUAUGGACCGUCCAAUUUAUUUUGCUACAGAACCAGUGGAGCAGCAGGGUCCAGAGGUCUCCAGUGGUCAGCACCAUCAGACACAGCUGGACUCCAUAUUUAAGCUUCUGGAGGAGGACAUCUUCACUUUUGUCCAGAAGGAGCUGAAGAAGCUCCACAAGGUUCUGAGUACAGAUUACCCAGAAUGCUUAGAGCCAGAGGAGGAUGAAGAGCAGAGGAGCAGCAGUGAGGCUGUUCUGAAGAUCACACUGAACUUCCUGAGGAGGAUGAAGCAGAAGGAGCUGGCUGAGCGUCUGUGGAGCAGGAGUUAUUCUGGAGUUUGUCAGCGUAAACUGAAGUCUAACCUGCAGCAGAAGUUUGAGUGUGUGUUUGAGGGCAUCGCUAAAGCAGGAAACCCCACCCUUCUGAAUCAGAUCUACACAGAGCUCUACAUCACAGAGGGAGGGUCUUCAGAGGUCAACCAGGAACAUGAGGUCAGACACAUGGAAACAGCCUCCAGGAAACCAGACCCAGCAGAGACACCCAUCACAUGUGAAGACAUGUUUAAAGGCCCAGCUCACACACAUGGACCAAUCAGAACAGUGCUGACAAAGGGAGUGGCUGGCAUCGGGAAAACAGUGCUCACUCAGAAGUUCAGUCUGGACUGGGCUGAAGGCAAAGCCAACCAGGACAUACAGCUGCUGUUCCCGUUCACUUUCAGAGCACUCAAUGUGCUGAAGGAGGAAAGCUUCAGCUUGGUGACACUUGUUCAUCACUUCUUUAGUCAAACACAAACAGAACUCUGCAGCUUUGAACACCUCCAGGUGCUCUUCAUCUUUGACGGUCUGGACGAGUGCAGACUUCCUCUGGACUUCACCAAAACCAAGGCCCUGACCGACCCCACAGAGUCCACCUCACUGCACGUGCUGCUGGUAAACCUCAUCAGGGGGAGCCUGCUUCCCUCCGCUCGCCUCUGGAUAACCACACGACCCGCGGCGGCCAAUCAGAUCCCUGCUGAGUGCGUCUCCAUGUUGACAGAGGUCAGAGGGUUCACCGACCCACAGAAGGAGCAGUACUUCAGGAAGAGGUUGAAGGAUAAUGCAGAAACAAUCAUCUCCCACAUCAAGACGUCCAGAAGCCUCCACAUCAUGUGCUACAUGCCAAUCUUCUGCUGGAUCGCUGCCACAGUCCUGGAGCAUGUGUUGAAAAGCAGAGAGAGAGGAGAGCUGCCCAAGACCCUGACUCAGAUGUACAUCCACUUCCUGGUGGUUCAGGCCAAAGUCAAGAACAUCAAGUAUGAAGAAGGAUCUGAGACAGACCCACACUGGAGUCCAGAGACCAGGAAGAUGGUGGAGUCUCUGGGAAAACUGGCCUUUGAGCAGCUGCAGAAAGGAAACCUGAUCUUCUAUGAGCAUGACCUGAGCGAGUGUGGACUGGACGCUGCAGCGGCCUCAGUGUACUCUGGAGUGUUCACACAGGUCUUUAGAGAGGAGCCAGGUCUGUACCAGGACAAGGUCUACUGCUUCAUCCAUCUGAGUGUGCAGGAGUUUCUGGCUGCUCUUCAUGUCCAUCAGACCUUCAUCAACACUGGGAUCAAUUUACUAGUGGAGAAAGAGUCUGUAAUUUCCUUUUUAAAGUAUUACAUCUUUUACAGUGAUCCGCUCAAGUUCUAUCAGACAGCUGUGGACCAGGCCUUACAGAGUCCAAAUGGACACUUGGAUCUGUUCCUCCGCUUCCUCCUGGGUCUUUCACUCGCAACUAAUCAGAGCCUUCUACAAGGUUUGCUGAAACAGACAGAAAAGAGCUCCACAACCAAUCAGGAAACAGCUGAGUACAUCAAGAAGAAGCUGAGUGAGGAUGUGUCUGCAGAGAGGAGCAUCAACCUGCUCCACUGUCUGAAUGAACUGAAUGAGCGUUCUCUGGUGGAGCAGAUCCAACAGUACCUGAGUUCAGGACGUCUGUCUGAAGCUAAACUGUCUCCUGCUGAGUGGUCAGCUCUGGCCUUCAUCUUACUGUCAUCAGAAGAAGAUCUGGAGCAGUUUGAGCUGAAGAAAUACUCUGCUUCAGAGGAGGCUCUCCUGAGGCUGCUGCCAGUGGUCAAGGCCUCCAACAAAGCUCUACUGAGCGGCUGUAACCUGUCAGAGAGAAGCUGUGAAGCUCUGGCCUCUGUCCUCAGCUCCUCCAGUCUCACACACCUGGAUCUCAGUCACAACGACCUCCAGGACUCAGGAGUGGAGCUGCUGUGUUCUGGACUGAAGAGCGCCCCCUGCAGACUGGAGACGCUCAGGCUGUCUGGAUGUCUGGUCUCACAGAGGGGCGGGGCUGCUCUGGCCUCAGCUCUGAGCUCCGCCCCCUCCCACCUGAGAGAGUUAGACCUGAGCUACAACCAUCCAGGACCCUCAGCCGAGCUCCUGACCGCUCUACAGGACCAGCGCCCCCUGCUGUCUGUCAGACUGGACCAUGCUGGAGCUGUGAGGUUAACACCAGGACUCAGAAAGUAUUUCUGUGAUCUCACUCUGGAUCCAAACACAGCUCACAGAAACCUCAAACUGUCUGACAACAACAAGAAGGUGACAUGGGUGAGAGAGGAGCAGCCGUAUCCAGAUCAUCAGGACAGAUUUGACUACAGGCCUCAGAUUCUGUGUUCCACUGGUCUGACUGGUCGCUGUUACUGGGAGGUCCAGUGGAGUGGAGAAGUUCAUAUAUCAGUGUCUUACAGAGAAAUCAGAAGGAAAGCAUUCAGUGAGGAAAGUUGGUUUGGACACAAUGAUCAGUCCUGGAGUCUGGACUGUUCUAAAGGUGGUUUCUUUGUUCGUCAUAAUAACAAUCACACCCUCCUCCGUCAGUCCCGCUCCUCUUCUGGGACAGUCUCAGUGUUUGUGGACUGUCCUGCUGGCUCUCUGUCCUUCUACACAGUCUCCUCUGACCAACUGACCCACCUCCACACCUUCAACACCACAUUCACUCACACUCUGUUCCCUGGGUUUAGGCUCUGGUCUCGUAACUCCUCAGUGUCUCUGUGUCCGACAGACUCACCCUCCUCUGUGUAAAAUACAACAGUCAAAUCUGUAGAAAAAUAAUUUGUAAAUGUUGAUUUUAUUUUGACUUCAUUUGACCAGAGAUUUAUUUUAUAAUGUUUUAUUUCCUCUCAAAGACAAAAUUUUUUUAAAAAUGUACUGAAAGUAAAAGUGUUUGUUUCAGAUUUUCAGAUCUAUUAAAGCUUCAAAUGUGGUGAUUUUGAUAAAGAUUUGAGUUGAAUUUUGUUUUUAUUUGUAUAUUUUUGUUUGUUCAAUUUCUGAACGUGUUAAAAAUAAACCCUCAGCCUUUUCAGCAGGUCUCACACAAUCAGAAAAAAUACUUUUACUUUUCAGUCCUGUUCAAAAAUGUAGUGAAGUAGAAAGUACAGAUACUGCUCUCAAAUGUACUGAAGUAAAAGUAAAAAGUACACACUUUUACUUUUUUACUUUUACUUACAGUGGGGCAAAAAGUAUUUAUUCAGCCCCAAUUGUUAUAGUUCAAAAUGACACAAGAACAGUGAGCAAAAAUCCCACAAUCCCACAAGUUUAUCUGUGCAAACGACUGAAAGGUUUUUAUUCUGCCUCUUCUGUUUUAAUGUUCAUUUUAUGUUGAUUAUUUGUGAUUCUUUAUGUUUUGAUUUGUGUGAUUUUAAUGUCUUUCUUAUUCUGUAAAGCUCGUUGAAUUACUUUGUGCACAAAUUGUGCUGAACAAUACACCUGCCUUGUGUCGUGGCCGUUGUUUUAUUGGUGCUGUUCAGUCUCUAGAAUGUGAUGAUGUGAUGCUCCCAGAUGGGGGCGCCACAGACCGUUUUCCCUCUUGAUCACAUUGUACUUUGCCAUGAAAUAUAUAAAGUGGCAGAAAUGAGAUUCCUCCACAGGGCGGCUGUGCGCUCCUUCAGAGACAGAGUGAGGAGCUCAACACUCGACGUGCUUUCAGGGGAGGCAGAGACCUGUGAAUCUUGG